UUUAAUUAAACGCAGCUGUUUUUUUUAAGUUUGACCAAUUUCAAAGUCUUGUAGCUUUUAUGUGCACAUUACUUAAUUUAAACGCUAACGCUCCAACUGGCAAAACAAAGAGCUUUCGCAGAGCAAUGAAAGAGAGUGGUACCUGACUUUUGGCGAGAGUGCAAGAGAGCAAACGUUUCGUGGUCAAACAAAACAAUUGCUUUCACUAUCUCCACGCUCGCAUUCGCGUUGGGCCUGCGUUGCGUUUUAAAAUAAAACUUCUGUCGGUGUGUGCCACUGUGAUUGUGCCACCGCAAAGAACCGGCAAUUUCCAAUCUCCAGUUAGCAGCGACUCCAGCCCUUGGAAAUGGCGCGUUUGAUUGAGAGCAAUUUCGUUCCGAUUGCCGUGGGCGUCGUAGCCGUCGUUGCCGGCGCUUUGAUUGUCCACUAUUUCAUCAACAAGAAGUCAACGAAGCCGCGCCGCGAGCCAAACCGAACCGCUCGACUGCGCACACUUGUGGAUCCCAAUGAUAAGUAUCAGCUGCCGUUGAUCGAGAAGGAGGUGCUCAGCCAUGAUACGCGACGUUUCCGCUUUGGACUGCCCUCCAAGCAGCAUAUACUCGGCCUGCCCGUGGGCCAGCACAUACAUCUGAUUGCAACGAUUGACAACGAGCUUGUCAUACGGCCGUAUACGCCCAUUUCGUCUGACGAGGAUGUGGGCUAUGUGGACUUGGUUGUGAAAGUGUACUUUAAGGACACGCAUCCCAAAUUCCCAGCGGGCGGCAAAAUGACGCAGCAUUUGGAACAGAUGGAGCUGGGCGAGAAGAUAUCGUUCCGUGGACCAUCGGGUCGCCUGCAAUACCUGGGCAACGGCACCUUCUCCAUUAAGAAACUGCGCAAAGAUCCACCCAAACAUGUGACCGCCAAGCGUGUCAACAUGAUAGCCGGCGGCACUGGCAUCACGCCCAUGCUGCAGCUGGUGCGCGAAGUGCUCAAGCGCAGUGACAAGGACAAGACCAAACUGGCGCUGCUGUUCGCCAACCAGAGCGAAAAGGACAUUUUGCUGCGUGAGGAGCUAGAUGAACUGGCCAAGAAGCAUCCCGAUCAGUUCAAGGUCUGGUACACCGUGGACAAAGCGGCCGAAGGUUGGACGUACAGUGUUGGAUUUAUCAAUGAUGAAAUGAUUGGAGCUCAUCUGCUGCCGGCCAACGAUGAGACGAUUGUCCUGCUCUGCGGACCACCGCCUAUGAUUAACUUUGCCUGCAAUCCUGCGUUAGACAAGCUUGGCUAUCAUCCGGACACACGUUUUGCGUAUUAGGACCGAUCACCGAUCUAUAUAGGCGCCAUAACUGCACAUUUGGCAACUCACAUUCAUUGAAGACAAAACUAGCAUUUUUGUUUGUCUAUUGCUCUACGCUCAAGAGUUGCAUUUGGAAUUGACCCAAGAACUAACUAAGUAUAUAAUACUGAGUAGCCUCUGCAGUUAUAAUUGUGUAUGUGUGAGGGUGUCCGGCUUCAUGGGAAUUCGGAUCACAUCGAACAGAUGCAACAACUCAAUACUUCACAUUGUUUUUCAUUUUUUCAAUAAACAAUUGUUAUACAUAUAUAGAAGGCA